GAUUAAACAGGAACCCCUCCUUCUAUUUUUUUUCCUUCUUCAAACUUUCAACCACCUAGGAGAUUUCUGUUUUUUGUUGAAUAUUAGAAGGUCCCUACAAAAUGGCUUCCAUGUUUGAGCAGUCCGGAAAUGGGACUCUUUUCCUAGGCGGCCAAAAGAUCUCUGGCGCUGAUAUUAGGGAUCAAAAUGUUCUCGCUACACAAGCUAUUGCGAAUGUUGUCAAGAGCUCAUUCGGCCCUAGUGGUCUGGAUAAGAUGAUGGUGGACGAUAUUGGAGAUGUCACAGUAACGAACGAUGGUGCCACCAUUCUCAGCUUACUCGACGUCGAACACCCCGCCGGCAAGAUCCUCGUCGAUUUGGCGCACCAACAAGAUAAAGAAGUUGGUGAUGGUACGACUUCAGUAGUUCUCAUCGCCGCCGAACUUCUACGACGGGCCAACGAGCUUAUGAAGAACCGAAUACACCCAACCACUAUCAUCACAGGUUACAGACUUGCUUUAAGAGAGGCUAUUAAGUACAUGAACGAGAAUGUUAGCACUAAGGUUGAGAACCUCGGUCGCGAAUCGCUACUUAGCAUUGCCAAGACAUCCAUGUCCAGCAAAAUUAUUGGAGCCGACUCCGAUUUCUUUGCUAACAUGGUAGUUGAUGCUAUACAAGCCGUGAAGACGACGAAUAACCGGAGCGAGGUCAAAUACCCGGUCAAGGCAGUAAACAUUCUAAAGGCACACGGAAAGGGGGCCUUGGAGUCGGUUCUUGUUAAGGGUUAUGCUUUGAACUGCACAGUAGCAUCGCAGGCCAUGACGACAAGGGUACAGGAUGCUAAGAUUGCAGUGUUGGACAUGAACCUACAAAAGGAACGAAUGAAGUUGGGUGUACAAAUCACUGUUGAUGAUCCCCAGCAACUCGAACAGAUUCGCGCGAGAGAAUCCGGAAUGGUCAUCGAGAGAGUGGAAAUGAUACUCAAAGCUGGAGCAAAUGUCAUCCUUACAACCAAGGGUAUUGAUGAUAUGUGUCUGAAGCUCUUCGUUGAGCGGGGUGCCAUGGCUGUAAGACGUUGCAAGAAGGAAGAUCUACGACGAAUUGCAAAGGCUACUGGCGCAACUUUGCUGAGCACACUCUCCGAUCUAAACGGUGACGAGCGAUUCGAACCUUCUUACCUAGGUCAUGCUGAGGAAGUUGUCCAAGAACGAAUCUCAGAUGAUGAGUGCAUCUUAGUCAAGGGAACAAAGACACAUUCGUCUGCUUCUAUCCUCCUCCGAGGCCCCAACGACUUCCAGCUUGACGAGAUGGAGCGAUCCGUGCAUGAUUCCCUUUGCGCGGUUAAGCGAACUUUGGAGAGUGGCAGCAUUGUACCUGGAGGUGGAGCAGUGGAGACAGCAUUACACAUCUACCUAGAAGAGUUCGCAGGCACCGUAGGCUCAAGAGAGCAAUUGGCGAUUGGAGAGUUCGCUCAAUCACUACUCGUCAUCCCCAAGACGUUAGCCGUCAACGCCGCUAAAGAUGCAAGCGAAUUAGUUGCUCAAUUACGAUCUCGACAUGCACUAUCUCAAAGAACUCAAGAUGGAGAAGGUAACGAAGACGAGAAGACGAUUGCGAAAAAGAAGGGCUACAAGAACUACGGUCUGGAUUUAAUGAAGGGUAAGGUGGUUGACGAGAUCAAGGCUGGUGUGUUGGAACCGAGCAUAAGCAAGGUUCGGCAAUUGAAGAGUGCGGUGGAGGCGUGUAUCAGCAUAAUGCGAAUCGAUACCCUGAUUAAGCUGGAUCCGGAAGAGAGGGGAGAACCAGAUGACGGCCACGGUCACUGAUAGGAGAAUUAAAAAGGAAAAAAGAUGGUGGGCUCAAGGCGUUCCUGAUAGGAAGAUGGUUUUGAGACA